AUGCAGGGGAUCGAUGGAUCACCUCCAGCUGCCGACGAUCACGAGGUCGUCACUCCAGAGCAGUCCCGGAGACCGCCGAUUUGGAGCUCUGCAGCGGCAGCAGUCGCGGCUUCAGCUGCAGCAGCUGCCGCUGGAACACCGCUGUCUGAUGCAAAAGUAAGGGAAGACAUGUGGAGGAGGUUAGUUCACCGACCUCUGCCUCCGGCCUUCUCCUCUCCUGCGCCGGAAAGUUCAGCCUCGACCUGGACUCAGGAUCCGGAUCCACCGUGCUCCCUAGAGGAAAGUCCUCACCAGGAGAGGCGCAAAGGUGCAGACUGUGAUUCAAGACACGAAAGAGGUGGCGUCCAAGCCGAUGAGCCCUUGAGGAGACCAUUGUUCCACAGCCCUGCCACGCAAGGACUGUCACAUCUGCAGAGCGGAGCAACUGCUGCUGAGAAUGACCAUUAUUCUUGCGCUCUGCGUGUGGAGGAACCCAUGAUCGGGGAUUUCAAGACAGUCAUCCAUAUGCUGAGACGCAAUGGCUUCCAGGAGGUUCAACAUGUUCUGAUGUCGAAAGAUGCAGACGCGAGAGGCGUGCCAGGUGGCCAGUUGACAGAACUGAUAGCCGACGGGCACGGCCUCUGGACGACAUGUGCAGAGGUGCUGCUGGCUUACGAGAAUCGCGGACGGCGCUUGCAGCAGGCAUUGCUGGGCGAGCGGACCGAGGAGAGAUGUCGGCGUGAUGGUCGAGUUCACAGUCUGCUCCACGAGAAUUCCAAGUUACAGGAAGAACUGAAGGCGGCCAAAGAACUGCACAGAACAGGAACUUCAGGAAGCAGGAGCGGUGACACUAGCUUCGGAUCUUCUGUGCCAGCGCAAAGCACUUGGAGCCCAUCUGGCCCAUCUUCAAGGCCAUCUCCUCAGGCUCCGCGCGACCGGCAGCUGCAGGAGCUCACGAUUCGGGCCCAGAAAGCCGAGAUUGCAGCGCGGCAGCGCGAGCGGGAGCUGGAGAAACUCAAAUCCCGUCUGGAGCAGGCUCUAUCGGAGGCGGCCAAGCGCAAGGAGCGUGAGCGUUCAGCUCUGGUGCGCGUCUCGAAGAAGGCCUCUCGUGAAGAUCCUGUGGAGGCGCUUAUAGCUCACAAGGCAGCGUCGGAAGCUGCGCAGGCAGAAGCGUCGGCUCUCAGAAAGCAGGUCCACAUUCUCAGUUUUCAGUUGGAGGAAGCGGAAGAAAAACUCCGACAGAUGCAGGCAGUCAAAGCCCGUGUGGUCGUGAGAACGGUUGAGGAUGUUCCGGAGACAAGUACAGGGGACGCUGAGGCGCUUGCCGAGGAAAGAGAUCGAAGAUUGGGAUUGGAGGAGCAGCUGAAAGAGAGCCAUCUACGUUAUUCCGAGCAGAUCAGCCGGCUGUCUGCGUCUUGUCGACAAGCAGAGGAGCAAGUGGCACAGCUGAAGACCGAACUUCAUGACAUGGCCAGGGAACCGCGACCCGUGGACACCAGACUGCAGCGAGAAGUGCUGAAGCUACGUGAGGAGCUGGCCGAGGUGCGCAAAGCUUGGAAGACGACAGACACGCGGAGUCUCAUUCAGCGUGACAAGGAGCUGCGGCGCCUUGGCUUAGAUGCAGCGGCCUUGGAGGAUCAGCUGGCCAAGCCGGAUCUGUGCGCAGUGCUGGUGGAGUUGUGCAGGCUCGUGCGUGUGCCCAGCGUGGCAGAAGUGGUGCCGGAGGUGGGUCGGCUGAUUCAACACUGCAGGUCGUUGGAAGAUGCCGCCACGAAUGCGCGGACGCAGACAUGUCUAGA